GAUGCCCAUUUCUUUCAAUCCGUCCACUCUGUGCUGCACUGGAGAGUCUAUGCGAAGUUUCCGGCUCGACUGAGCUUAAAGUUACUUACUGCAGCAAUGCUUCUGACUUCUCGGGCCGGACGGUAUUCACUCAUGUGCCUCCUUAAUCACUUCUCACCAGGCGACAGUCAUGGCCACUGAUACCACCAAUGAUAGUAACAAGCGCAGCUACACAAUUGCAGUACUACCAGGAGAUGGAAUCGGUCUCGAAGUGACUCCUCCUGCCUUACGUUGCCUCGAAGCUGCAGCCAGCCGUUUCGGCUUCACACUAAACUUCCGGCAUUACGAAUGGGCGUCCUGCGAUUAUUACCUCAAGCACGGCAAGAUGCUACCUGACGAUUGGAAGUCACUCCUCCAACAAUGCGACGCAAUUUACUUCGGAGCAGUCGGUGACCCAGCUCGCGUCCCAGAUCAUAUUUCAUUGUGGGGCAGCCUUCUCCGCUUCCGUCGCGAAUUUGAUCAAUUUAUUAAUUUACGCCCGUGUCGCCUCAUGCGUGGGGUGCCGUCACCGCUUGCAAAUGCAAGACCAGGGUCAAUUGAUUUCUUGACGGUGCGAGAGAACACCGAGGGAGAGUACUCUUCUAUUGGUGGAAAGAUAUUUGAGGGCACGGAGCGGGAGACGGUCAUUCAGGAUACGGUGUUCACUCGGGUAGGAGUCGACCGGGUUAUACGAUUUGCGUUUGAACGUGCACGAGCACGACCUGCGAAGAAACUUACAAGCGCGACGAAGAGUAAUGGAAUUAGUAUCACUAUGCCCUAUUGGGACGAACGAGUCGCGGAAAUCGCAAAAGAAUACCCAGACAUCAAGGUAGAUAAAUACCAUAUCGACAUCCUUUGUGCACAUUUCGUCUUGCGGCCGCACAUAUUCGACGUCGUCGUCGGGUCAAACCUCUUCGGCGACAUCCUCUCCGAUCUCGGACCAGCUUGUACAGGCACCAUCGGGAUCGCACCUUCGGCGAACCUGAACCCGGUCGCCAAGCGCUCAGACAAGGAGUGGAUGCCCUCACUUUUCGAGCCUGUUCAUGGUAGCGCGCCGGAUAUCGCUGGAAAGGGCAUAGCGAAUCCUGUAGGUAUGAUAUGGGCUGGUCAGAUGAUGCUGGAGCAUCUGGGCGAAACGGAAGCAGCUGCAGCGGUGCUAGCUGCCAUAGAGAAUGUCCUCGGUGAUGCCCAGGAUAGAUUGAAGCAAGGGGGUGAGGAUUUAUUGACCCCUGAUAUGGGUGGAAAAGGGACGACGGAGGUCUUGGGAAAAGCUAUCGAGAAAGCGAUCAGCUUGUAGUCGGAUGCCUAGUAGAAGAUGACGAGCACAUACUCGUCCCAAGAGCUACAUGAAUAAAGUCAAUAAAGCAACUCCAUCUGAGGGUAUGCCGUCGAGCUGUUUGCCCCUCCAAUCAUAUCUGUUAUAAAUCUGUAAAAGCGGUGUGCUAUUCUGUACUUCAGAUUCCCAAGUUAGCCAAUGCACAGCUUAUCCGAA